AUGGCGGAGUUGGUAGCAUCAAGAAAACCAACUUUGGUGAAAUACACGAAGCACAAGAUCGAUGCUCUCGACGCAGGUAGCUUUUACUGCAAAUAUACCAUGAUCGAAAGCGAUAUCAAGUUCGACAAGAUCGACUGUGUCAUGGAAGAAGUGAAAUUCAUCGCAACUGACAGCGGAUGUGUCUGCAAGAUGACCAGCGUGUACCACGUCAAGGAAGGUUGUGAGCUCAAGGAGGAGGACAUCAAGAAAGGUAAAGACAGAGCUAUCGGACUGUUCAAGGCUGUUGAGGAGUACCUCGUGGCCAACCCCGAUGUUUGCGCCUAA